GCAGUGUAGCCUGAUUGGUUUAGACGCGGCACGGAAGUCAGUACAGAAACAUGUGUACUAGAUUGCGGACUUUGGGAGCAAGUAAAGAUGUUUUAAUGCAGAUUUUAAACACAUAUUUUGUGGAGUUUGAGGCUUUUGCACCAUUGAUAAUGUUUCUUGAAUGAAAAUUAUAAAUCAUUAAGAGAUGGAGACAGCAGCUCUGGUAGCUCCAGUCACAGCUCUGGAGUUCCUUCAGGAUGCAUUUCUUCUCACAGGUGAGGGUCCAGUCUUGACGGUGUACAGUCUCCACCCUCGCCCUAAAGCCUGUGUCUCACUGAGUGUGCUCCAACACUACAGAAUCCACGGGAUAAGACCUAGAAAUGUGAUGACUGUCCAAGCACAGAGCUCUGCCACAAGAACAUAUGGGGAAAAGAAAGAUGAACUGAGCUCCACCUCAGGUCCCAACUUCUUUGACCUCGCAGUGUUUGGAGGCAAGACUGUGAGGCUGGUGAGGCUCCAUGUGGAUCUCCAGUAUGGGGAGCAGCUGCACUUGGAGAUUCUGGGUCCCCUCAUGGAGCUACAGGACUGGGCCCUGGAUGUCCGCUGGCUCUCUGGAGACAAACACUCACUGCUCUGUGUGGCUGUAUCCCACAAUGGUGCUCUUCUCCUGGACAUCAUGACAGGAAACGCCCUGGUUCAGCGCUUCUGUCUGGAGGGCUGUCUGCUGUACUCUGCCCUCCUUCUGGUACAUGAAUCCUGGGAAGAUACCAUCUUAGUAGGAGGGACUGUUUUCAACCAAUUGGUUCUCUGGAAGCCUGGAGGAGGUGGUGACAAACGCAGCUAUUCUGAGCACAAAGCUCCCGUUGAAACACGUCUGCUGGGCCACAGCGGAGUCAUCUUCAGCAUCUCUUACCUUCAGGAGAAAGGGAUGCUGGCUUCAGCCUCUGAUGACCGCAGUGUAAGGGUUUGGGCUAUUGGUGCUUUAGGGGGCCCUGGAGGGAAAUGUGGAGACUUGAACCCGGCUUGUUUAAGGGUCCUAUAUGGACACCAGGCGAGGGUAUUCUCUGUGCGUCUCUCAGCAGGGAACGUGUUCAGUGCCGGUGAGGACGGGGCUUGUUUAGUCUGGGACUGGGCUGGAGGGGGAAAGGUGGUUCGGACCUUGAAGGGACACCGAGCAGGCGGGGUUCGUGCACUCGCAGUCAGUGAGGAAACAGGAGAUGGGGAGAGGUGGGUGGCUACAGGGGGGGCAGAUGGAGGAGUGAGGUUGUGGAGGGUGGAAGGGAGUAAGGAGGGUAAGGAGACAAUGGAGGAAGCAGCGACAGAGAAGCUAACUGACCUGAAAUUUCCUGCUCAAGGUUUGCCUAAAGUGGUUUGUAUAGCAGGGGAAGAGGACAAAAAUACAAGUUGGAGUCAGAGCAAGUUUGUGGUUUGCACUGACCAAGGAAGAGUUUACCAAUAUGGCGAUGGGCAGUGGGAGACGGUAUGGCAAGGGACUCCUGACUUUCAAUCUUAUUGUGUGAUGGAAACAAUAACUGUCAGUGUGAAAGACUCAACAGCAAAAGUUAAUUUGUGUGCUGUGGGAAACAUCAGUGGGUCCUUACAGGUCUUCCCCAUUUCUCAUCCUCAGUGUGGGAUUCUUCUCACAGGCGGAUUAGGGAAGAUCCAUAGUCUUAUUUGGCAAGAGGCAAAAGAAGGCUUGUAUUUGCUUGCAUCAGGUGCUGAAGGACGUGUCUAUCGGUGGUGUAUAGCGGUAGAAUUAGAUGAAAAAAGUUCCUUGGCUCUCAAUGUUAAUCCUCUGCCUCAUUUCCUCCUUCCCCCCUGCGCCAAACGCUGGCUGACAGCUGCAGUGCGCCUCCACUCCACAUCACAGGGGCUGCUGUGGGUGUGUGGGGACAGGAGAGGGUCCCUGCUUUUGUUUCAAGAAGGAGGAAAGCUGGAGCAAAAGAUGAGAGAUGACAAAAGGGUGGAUGAAAGCUUGCUGACAGGCAGAAAACAGACUGAUGAUGAAGGGGUUGAAGAUGGUGGAGACAGAAAAAGUGAAAUGAUGGAGGAGAGAGAAAGAAAAGAAGUGGGUGACCUGAAGCUGCACCCCCUAAACUGCCUGUUCGGGGUGCAUGGAAAACAGGGUGUAACGUCUGUAUAUGAAUACCAGGGACUGCUCUACAGCACUGGCAGGGACGGCUGUGUGAGGGUCUUCAGAGUGAUUCAAACACCACUAGAAAAACGUGAAGAAAAGAGUGUUGAGAACAAAGAAGGGCUUCGGCUGGAGGUUCUCAGAGUCCAGCGGGCCUGCAAGGGUAUGGAGUGGCUGGAGAGGAUUUUGAUUCUUGAACCUGACAUUCCUGUGGAAGAGGACGAGGAAGAGCUCGGAGAGAAAUGUGGGAACCACUACAAGACAAAUAUGACAGAAAAGCUGGUGGUUACAAAGGAGGGUAGCUUUAGAGUAGAAGUAGAAAAAACUGAAAACAAGGGAAGAGAAGCCAGGUUUGCCAUCAUUGGCUUUCAUGCUGUCCAUUUCGUGGUUUGGGACCCGGUGACACAGGAGAGGCUGUUAGUGGUGCCUUGCGGUGGGGGGCAUCGCUCUUGGAGUCUCUGGCCGUCCCACAAAGGGGUUUGGCCCGGAUACGGAGCUCUGGUCUUCAUCAAGCAGGGGGCUGUCCUGGUUUCGCAAUCCCCACGAGAGGCGCAGAGCUGGGGUGGGAAGGCAGGAAGGACUGGAGGAUGGGGCCUGAGAGAGGGCGUCCAUGGGAAGGGGAUUGGGUGUGUAUGCAGGCUGGGGACGAUUAGGGGAAUUGGGAAUGAGAUUCAAACAAACAGUACUGGAGAUUUGACUGAAACUGAGGGAAAGGAUAAACUCAAAGAUGAAGUAAAGGAGGUGGAGGGAGGGCAUUGGGAGAUAGUGGUGAUGGGAGGAGAGGACACCAGCUUAACCGUGGUGGCAGUGCAUCCCAACUCUGGCAGCAUCAAAGUUCUCUCAGUUAUUACUGACCACAUCUCAAGCGUUCGCACAGUUACAGCGGUAACACGUCCAGAGGGGGGGAGUGAAAACCAGGCACAGUCUCUCUCUGCUCUCCUCGUGUCAGCUGGCGGGCGAGCUCAGAUGCAGUGUUACCGGCUGUUGAUCGGCUGGGACGAGCAGAGACGGGUUCCCUCCUGCCAGGUGAUCCAGGUGGCCAGUCACCGAUUGGACGAACAGUGGGAGAAGAGGCGGAACCGACACAAGACGGUGAAAAUGGACCCAGAAACGAGGUACAUGUCUGUAGUGGCUGUGGAUGAGAAGACAGACGGUUGUCUUCUGGCUCUGGCCUGCAGCGACGGAGCUCUGAGAUUGUUCUCAGUAAGUGAAGUCAAACAUCAAAUUGAUUUGUUGUGGGAGAUGUUUUACCACCAGCGCUGUGUGCUCAGUGUUGCCGCCUGCAGCCUGGAGGAUGGAAAAGGCAACAGGUAUAAGCUGCUGUUCAGUGCAGCAACAGAUGGCAAAAUUGCAGUGUGGGAUCUGACUGAUGCUUCUUCCUUAUUGACCGGUACUCAACCAAUCCCCUGCCUCGACAUUCACACCCACCAGAGCGGCGUCAACUCAUUGGCUGUUUGGGUAGAGAAUCUGGGACAUCAAGAGGGCAGUUGCCUGGUAACUGUUGCUAGUGGAGGGGAUGAUGGGCAGCUGACAGUGUCCAAGAUUAGGGUGCAGUACCCAGAGGAUGGAAAGAUUGGGGCCAGCAGAGGGUUUUCUCAAGUUUCUGAGCCCCUGAUUUCUCUACAAACCCAGUUCCAGCCCCCCAACCAGCUUGAUCUUCACCUCCACUCCCAGUCCCACAUCCUGCUGGCUCACGCUGCCCCUCUGACCGCCCUGAAGCUCCUGAGCCCAGGCCUCGUGGUGUCCACUUCUUCAGAUCAGAGGGUUUGCCUUUGGAGGGUCGGCAGUACCGGCAUCAGCCACAUCGGGACGCUGUGCUCCCAUAUUGCAGAUGCUGCAGGACUAGCAGUGUGGGAAGGGCAGAUGAAAGAGGAGGAGGAGAGAGAUAAAAAGAGGAAAACAACGUUUGAGUCUGAGCAGGAGAUUGUAAUUUGGAGAGGGAAAGCGAGUCAGACAGGAUCAAAAAGGACGUGUAAGACAGCAGCACAGUUCAAUAAGGACGAGGAAACAGCUGAUGAGGCCGAGGAUGGAGAACCUGUUGAAGCCGUGAACGAGACGGGUGACCCAGUUUGUCAAACCAGUGAUGAAAAAGGAGGGGAGACAGCUGGUGAAUGUAGAAAUCAAGCCGAGACUGACAGAGUGAGUGAGACACGGAGUGAGGUAAACACAGAGAGAGGUUUCCAGGCUUCCUGUGAGAGCAAGAAAAAGAGAGAAAAGACAGGAUGGGUGCUGGUCUGUGGCCAGGGCUUCCAACUACUACGAGUCCCAAAUACAGAGAUGUGGACAGCAAGAAGCGAAAUGGAGAAGGUUCCCGGAUUGGUGAUGUCACGUGAACGGCUAAGUCUUCAGCCAGGCCAUCAGGCUAAUCAUCGAAAACGCAGCCAGCAGCAGACAUCAUCCUCCUCCUCUCACCCUCAUCCAGGGCCUUCUUCCAUUCUCGUCUCAGACACCACCAUGACGCCUUGGGGAGGCCUGGCUCUCUCCGAAUCCUCCUUUACCUCAAUCCCUCCGCCUCCCCCUCCACGGCCCCCACCACUUCUACCCCCACCCCCACUCCCUCCUGCUCCUCAGCCCACACCGUCCACUCUUUAUCGUGGCAGACAGAACGAAGACAAGGAAGUUUCAAGUUCAAGUUUUAACUCUGAGGCUCCAUCUCCACCUGGUGCCGUCCCUCAGGACAGUGUGGCUGCAGCUGGAGCUGUGAGAGGCUUGCGGGCCAGGCGGAGGUUGUUGCCCCAGAGUCGGGUGCCUCGUCCUCCCCGUCUCCCACCACUGCGUCCCGUCACCAACCUCAGUUUCUCUCGGAGCUUCACCUUCUCUUUCUUCGAGCUGCCGCUGCACCAGUCGCCUCGCUGUCGUGCCGAACGCAUAAGAAACCUCAUGCUGCUUUUGAGACAGAUACACUACUGAGAAAUCAGUGCUGCAUGGACAGUUGUAUUUUUCUAUUCAUAGGACAUAGGAAUUUACUUUUCUCAAAUAUAGUAUUUACUUUUAUUAGUGCUAUAUAUUAAACAGAGAGAAUACAGUGUACCGUUGUCGAAUCAAGAGGGAUAUAGAGAGAUAGAUAUAGGCUAUGCUAUAUUCACUGUUAACAAAUUAAACUGCUUUCAACUUUCUGUUGAUUAAGUGCAUUCUUUAUUUUUAAUGAGCCCCAUCUUUUACUUUUGUAUUAUCCAAGACUUACACUUUUCUUUGUUUGUGCAAUGUGUAAUGCCUGGCCACAUCCUCCAAACAAAAAGGGGGCAGCAUUUCACCUCCAUGAUUUGCACAUUUCAGCGUUGACACUGUUCAAGAUUGUUUACAGUUAGACACGCAAAAUAAACCUUGCAGUGUCGUCAAAAA